AUGGGCUCCGAAGAUCGGUCUUUGAAAGCACAGGAGUCAUUGAUCGCAGCCGUUGUGGACGAAUUUAUUGAACAAAAUGCAAUCAAAGGCAAAGACGGGCUGGAUCUCGUAUUUUGGUUCAAUCUUAUCACUUUUGAUAUUAUUGGGAGCCUUGCGAUCGGCCAGGACUUUGGUGGUGUCAAGUCUGGAACACAUCAUUUCUGGGUUUUAAUUGUGGUGAGGAGUCUGGGUCUUGGAGCACUAGCAGACUGUUUCAAGCGAUCUCCCUGGGCCGCCAAGUGCUUCCUCACUCUUUUUCCCGGCCUACUCAAGAAGCUCACGCAAGAUACCCGACGGCAUGAGGCUUACACAUUGGAUUUGGUGAAGAAGUGA